AUGGCAGCAACAUCCCAUUUACUACCCGGCAUAGGCCUGGUUAUCGGUUCUGCCACAGGGAUUGGAAAGAGUGUUUCUUUCGCAUUUGCCCGUGCUGGUGUUUCAGGUCUAUUCAUGGCAGAUAUCAACGAGAAGGACAUGACAGCAACUGCAAACGAUAUCCGUCAAGAGAUACCCGAGCUGAAAAUUGUCACCCACCGAGUAGAUAUUGGCGAUGAAGCAUCCUGUAUCGAUUGCGUGCAAACAGCAGUGAAGACUUUUGGAAGAAUAGACUAUGUUCUGAACAAUGUUGGAAUUGGUGCAACCAACACGCCAACCCACGAACAAACUGGAGCUCAUCUGGCCACAGUCCUCAACAUCAACUUCGUUGGUCUUUGGAACUGUCACAGGGAGCAGAUCAAGCAAAUGCUGACCCAGGAGAUACUCCAACUUCCGAAUGGACGUGGAAAUCGCGGAGUUAUUACCAACACUGCCUCUAUCAUGGGAUUGGUUGGGGCCCCACCUGGUCAUAGCCCCUACAGUGCGAGCAAACAUGCGAUAAUAGGAUUGACGAAGACGGAGGCUGCCACGUAUAGCAAAGAGGGAAUUCGGAUCAAUAGUGUUUGCCCAGGUUAUUGUUCAACGGCAAUUCUUGGGGAGAAGGGUUCACAGUCACGGACCGAGCUUGAAGCGGGUGUAGUUACUCUGGUUCCCAUGGGAAGACUUGGAGAAACUGACGAGAUUGCGGACUCGGUAGUUUUUCUCUCAUCGCACAUGGCAAGCUAUAUCACUGGAUCUUCGCUGGUAGUCGAUGGGGGAUACACUGCUGUUUAG